AUGGACCAUGCCAGUCCCGACCGGGAGUUGGACCGGAAUCCGCAUCGACAGACGAAGAAGCGACGGAAGAUUGCCCUCGCGUGCGAUCAAUGCCGGAGCAGGAAAAUAAGUUACAUAUCCACUCUUGAAAAGAGACUCAAGGCGCUGGAACGGGAGCGUGGUCUUCAAGAUCAUCACCGUCCAGAUGCAACAACAACAAACACGACACAGGAGCAGUCCUCGACUGUCCAAACACAGCCAUCGCGUACUGCGCCUGGUUUUUCCAACUAUUCACCUCAGGCUCGUUUUCCAUUUACGUUUCUUGCCACGCCUCUCAGCUACCAGGAUGGCCCAAAAGACUUUCCAUCAGGCUUGUUGGACGAGUUCGAGUCUAGGAAUACCCCUUCUCAGACUUCUCCGGCGGACGAGUCAUCCCAGUCAACAACGACUUCCCUCCACGAAAAGCAGCCGCGCGGUGAUGAUGGCUCCGAGGGAGUCAAUGCCAUGAUGGGUGCGGUCGAAGAAGAGCGACCCAGUCAGGGCUUCUUCGGUAGUUCCAGUGCAGCCAGCUUUAUGAGGCAGAUCAAGACUGCAGUCGACAGAAAGGUGGUUUCCCCCGAAUCAGGGCGCCCGUCCGUCUCGAUGAUGAUGGGGACUCCGGAGCGUCGUCGUCAGUCGACGCUCAUGCCCACGCCUCGAAGAGUCAGUCAGUCCAAUGUGGCGAAUAACUACGUGCUCCCUCCGCGGAAAAUGGCAGACAGCCUGAUGGAGGUCUACUGGAACCUGGUCUUCCCGCUCUAUCCAUUCCUCGACCGAGCGAGGAUGACAUCCGAGUAUUCCAAGAUCUGGACGGGCGAGAGUUCGGACUACGACGAGAACAUGCUCAUGUGCACGUUCAACGUGAUUUUCGCCCUGAGCUGCCAGCUCGCCGACUUCAUCAAGCCUGCCGAGCGGAGGGUAACGGCAGACGUGUUUUUCUCACGGGCCAAGGAGCUGCUUCAUUUCAAUCUGUGGCACAGCGGAUCCGCGGAACUGAUCCAGUGCCUUUUGCUGAUGGGCCAGUAUCUGCAAAGUACCGAUUCGGCUCAUCAGUGCUGGAUCGUCACCAGCUUGGCGAUUCGUAACGCCCAAAGUCUGGGAUUGCAUCUGUCGCAGACUAUUUCGAGAUUCCGGAGUUUCCACGAGCGGCACUUGGCUAGAAGGAUAUGGCAUGGCUGUGUUUUGAUGGACAGGGUCGUCUCCAUGACUUUCGGCCGUCCGGCCAUGAUAUCUAAAUGCUCUGCGCAGGCGGUUCCGUUGCCCGCAACUAUAGACGAGGAGUUCAUGAACAGCAAUUCGAAUGGAGGAGAAGUUCGCCAGCCGGCAGACCGGCCGUCAAUAAUGGCGUUCUUCGCAAAGUCGGUAGAACUCUACGAGAUCAUGAACGACAUUCUUCUGAGCCUUUACAUGCCCUCCGUUCCGGAGGACGGUGCGGAGGAUAUGUACGGGUUCUAUUUCAGCCAGGAGAGCAAGGAAGGCGAGCGCACGAUCUUCGAACUCGAUCGAGCCCUUACCAAGUGGUCUCGAUCGUUGCCGCCUCAUCUUCGCGGAUCGUCCCGGGACGCUUCGAAAAAUCCCAUCUUCUACCGCCAAAGCAUUGUGAUACGAGCGCGUUUCCUAUACGUCAGGCUACUUCUCUUCAGACCAAUCCUGUCGCGAUACUGCACAGCGCGGGAUCUACAGGCCGAGGAUCCCCUGACUUCCCUAGACGACUCAUUCCCGCAGAGAGUCGCCCUGCAAUGCGCCGUCAUAUGCGUCAAAGUCGCGCAGGAGCUGAUCGAGCUCAUUUUCAGCAACACGCCAGCUGAUGGAUCCGUGGGGCCGCUUCCGGCGUGGUGGUACAACACACUAUAUGUCUACGCCGCCGCAACAGUGCUGAUUGCCGGUCGGUUGCGUUCCGCGAUCGUGGCCGAGGUAACAGAGGCGUCGAUCAGUCGGUCGUGGAACUGCGCGCUCGAGAUCCUCCGCAAGUACCAGGAAUUCAGCGCCUCCGCGCGGCGCUGUGUCGCCGCUCUGGAAAUCCUUUACGAGCGGGUGAUCUCCGUGCCUACGACGACGACGACGACAACAACGACAACAACAACAACAACAGCAACAGCAGCAGCAGCAGCAGCAGCAGCAGCAGCAGCAGCAGCAGCAACAGCAGCAGCAAUAACAAUGCCAACAACGACGGCGACAACGACAGCAAACGACCAGCCGCAGCCUCGUCAGCAAGGGCCGAUCCCCAGCGACGCGCCAAACGACAUGUCGUUAGGCGAAGAAGGCUUGAAUAAUGCUGCCUGUAGGGACGUAGGUCCGAGGAACGGAACGACAUCCGAACCAUACCUUAUGUACAUACAGUACGGAGUAGAUCCGGAGCGAUCUAAUGUAGUAAUUAGUGAGACUGACUGGGCAGAAAUGGCAGCAACAACCACCCACACACCCCCCUCGCAAGACACCUUCCUCCAAUCCCUCCAAGCAAAGCAUUCCGCUCCGCUCUGGACCGUCCUGCACCAGAUGGUCCCGCCCCAUCCCAACCCCAAGGCGGCGCCCGUCCUGUGGAAAUACAGCGAGAUGCGGCCGGCGCUGAUGCAGGCGGGGGAGAUAGUCGGCGCGGAGGAGGCGGAGAGGAGGGUGCUGAUGCUUGUGAAUCCGAGAAUGCAACCACCAUACACCACCGACACCAUCUACAGCGGCCUCCAGCUCGUCCUCCCCGGCGAGACGGCCCCCGCACACCGCCACGUCGCGUUCGCGCUGCGCUUCAUCAUCGAAGGCAGCAAUGGCUUUACGGCCGUUGAAGGGCAGAAGAUCCCCAUGGCGCGCGGCGACGUGAUCCUGACCCCGCCGUGGCAUUGGCAUGACCAUGGCAACGAGGGCACGGAUCCGAUGAUCUGGCUGGAUGGGCUGGAUCUGCCGCUCUUCCGGAAUGUGCCAGUCAAUUUUGCGAAGAAUUAUCAUGAGAGUCGAUAUCCGAGCACACCCGCCCCGGACAGCGUCUGGAGAUUCCCCUGGAAAGAAACCCGCGCGGCGUUAGACCGCGACAAACCCACCCAGCCGUAUUCGAUCUACCACUACCACGGCAAGAACCGCAAACACCUCUCGGACACGAUCAGCGCGCAGGCGGAGCGGAUCGCACCGGGCCACACGACGGACCCGCGACAGGAGACGUGCUCGUUCAUCUAUCACGUCGAGAGCGGGCAAGGCAGCACCACGAUCCUGGCCCCCGAUGGCUCGGAGACAGAGAUCCAGUGGACGGCGAGGGACACGUUCGCCGUGCCGGCGUGGUCGCGGAUCCAGCACACUUGCACAUCGUCCGACAGCGAUGCGUAUCUGUUUGCGAUCAAUGAUCGGCCCCUCGUUGAGUCGCUGGGUCUGUUUCGACAGCGGACUAACUAG